GUGGCAGCCGCGGUCCGGGGCUGACAUGGAGCUGCCGCAGAUGCCCGACCUCAUGGGCUUGUCCCUUCUGGUGGGGCUGCUGGCCCUGAUGGCCACGGCGGCCGUCGCGCGGGGAUGGCUGCGGGCGGAGGGGGAGGAGAAGAGCAGCCAGCCCGUCCGCCAAAAUACAAAUGAAUCCAAGAAGUCAGGAUCCAAGAAGCAGAAACAGAAUCAGCGGAUUCGGAAGGAGAAACCUCAACAACAUAACUUCACCCACCGCCUCCUGGCUGCAGCCUUGAAGAGCCACAGUGGGAACAUUUCUUGCAUGGACUUUAGUUGCAAUGGGAAGUAUCUGGCUACCUGUGCCGAUGACCGCACAGUCCGCAUCUGGAGCACCAAGGACUUUCUGCAGAAGGAGCACCGCAGCAUGAGAGCCAAUGUGGAGCUGGACCAUGCCACCUUGGUGCGCUUCAGCCCUGACUGCAGAGCCUUCAUCGUUUGGCUGGCCAAUGGGGACACCCUCCGUGUCUUUAAGAUGACCAAGCGAGAAGAUGGGGGCUUCACUUUCACAGCUACACCAGAGGACUUCCCUAAAAAGCACAAGGCACCUGUCAUCAACAUUGGCAUUGCUGACACAGGGAAGUUCAUCAUGACAGCCUCCAGUGACACGACUAUUCUCAUCUGGAAUCUGAAAGGUCAGGUGCUGUCUACCAUAAACACCAACCAGAUGAACAACACCUAUGCCACAAUAUCUCCAUGCAGCAGGUUUGUGGGCUCAUGUGGCUUCACUCCAGAUGUGAAGAUAUGGGAGGUGUGCUUUGGGAAGAAGGGAGAGUUCCAGGAGGUAACACGAGCCUUUGAGCUGAAGGGACACUCUGCAGCUGUCCACUCCUUUGCCUUCUCCAAUGACUCCAGGAGGAUGGCCUCUGUCUCCAAGGACGGCACGUGGAAACUAUGGGACACAGAUGUGGAAUAUAAGAAGCAGCAGGACCCCUAUUUACUGAGGACUGGCCGCUUUGAAGAGGCCAGCACCAUGCCUUGCCGUCUGGCACUCUCCCCUGACACCCACGUCCUAGCCUUGGCCAGUGGCACCAGUAUUCAUCUCUUCAACACCCGGCGGGGGGAGAAAGAGGAGUGCUUUGAGCAUGUCCAUGGAGAGUAUAUCACGGACUUGUCUUUUGACAUUACUGGCCGCCUUCUGGCCUCCUGUGGGGACCGGGCUGUGCGGCUCUUCCACAACACUCCUGGCCACCGGGCAGUCGUGGAGGAGAUGCAGGGCCUCCUGAAGCGGGCUUCCAGUGAGAGCACACGCCAGCGGCUACAGCAGCAGCUGACCCAGGCUCAGGAGGCACUGAAGAGCCUGGGAGCCCUGAAGAAGUGACUGUGGCUUAGAAAGGGGUUUGGUUGCCCAUGCCCAUUGCUGCCACUCUUCCUCCCAGGUGCCCUCAGGGUUUCUUCUUGAUGGUCCCUUUUUUGUCCUCAUUGAAAAUAUUCCUGCCUACAUAGUUAUCUUCCCCUUUUUCUUCUUGUUUUGGCUUCUCCCCGACUGAAAAGGUAAGGAGCCGUUUUCUCAUAGGUCCAGUGGGUGGACUCUGUCCUUGUCCAGCAAUCACAGGAGGGUAGAGAGGAGACAGAGAGAGCGCGUGUGUGCGCAAAGUCUCUUGAUGGUAUGGUGGCUUACUGUAAUACCUAAAGAAGGUUGUAAAUGCAGAAGCAAAGCCUUGGGGACAUCUGAGAACACAGGGUUGUUGUACUAGAGGGCAGGACUGUGCUGCAUCUGCGCCGUGGGGGCAGCGUGAGUCUUCAUCUAGGGUUGAGCAUAAUGGGCAGCAAGUUGGGAAGUUCAAGGCUAUCCUGGGUUGCGUGGUGAGUUCUAGGUUAGUUUAGUCUCCACAUGGAAGCCUUCUCUCAAUUUAAGUAAGGGAUUUCAGCCUGGACUUCAUUUUUCUUCUUUUUAUGUGUUCAUAUGUGUACAUGGGU